AUGCAUUGGACCGUACUCUACCACCCAUUGACGCCUUUCUUCGUCCUGUUCUGUAACAUUGUAGCCUCGUCCAACGAGUCAGAUUUUGAGUUGCUUAUCACCGUUACGUCUCAGCUCGACGGACUUGCGGAUCUGAGCCCUCCGAUUGCCAAAUUACAGACACUCUUCAAGUCAUUCCUUGGGCUUUGCGAAGGUCUUGUCACCGGAACCAAGGAGACGUCACCAUACGCAGCGCAAUGCAUGUACCCCCAGCAGACCACCGGACAGGACCGAGCAGUUACGUCUGCACCGCAGCCUCCUGUUCAGUUGGCUGGGGGGCAACUGCAGUUGCCUACGAACACGAAUGAGAUCAACGCUGAAUACCCAAAUUUGGUUCAGUCCGCUGACGAUGUGGCGAUGGAAUUUUCGAUCGAUAAUGGUUUAGGCUCACUCGACCCAAGUUGGGAUUUGUUUGAUACCCAACCUACCAUGGGAUGGCUGGAUGCCGACUUCUCAUUCUUUGAUGGCAAUCAAUGA